AUGGCGGCCAUCUUGGAAAUUCACGAGUUCCACCACAAUGUGUCUUGGACACGUGGUCCCUAUCAAAAGUUAAAAACUAAGGCAAUGGACAAACAUUAUCCACUUUUAAAUAACAGAAUGAUACAAAAGCAAGACGAUGGGAAACAAACGAAGCUUUCCGAAGGCGGAGAAAAUGGUGGAAUCUUUGGAGAUUGGUUUGGUCAAAAUAUCAGAGGUCUUUUGAAUCUGAAUCCAGUUUUCCUCGUACCUAUCGCUGUGGAUUAUCGCUCCGAGAAAGCUGUAGAAUAUCUCAAGUUCUACGGGUAUUUACCAAAAGAUUCCAAGACAUCUGACAAGUCGCUUGGCAAAGCCCUCAAAGUGUUUCAGCAAUGGGCCCACGUGAACGAAACUGGUGAACUGGACAACGCAACAUGGACCAUGAUGCACGAGGAAAGAUGUGGCAUGCCGGAUAUCAUCACAGUCUCGCCUAGACGACGUCGAUACGCAUUGCAUGAAACUCACUGGAAUAAAAGACUGAUAUCCUAUUGUCUCAAGUCUUACCCCGACGAGUUGAGCUUUCCUAAAGAUGACGUGCACAGGACUCUUGACAAGGCAUUCAAGGUAUGGGCAUCCGUGAGUUCGCUAUCUUUUCAACGUUUCAAAAAAUGUCCGGCCGAUAUCGUCAUAGAGUUUCAGGAAGGGGAACAUGGCGACGGCGUGCCCUUUGACGGACGCGGAGGCACCCUUGCUCAUGCGUAUUUCCCAGGAAAUGAUGGAAGAGGUAUCCAUGGAGACAUACACUUUGAUGAUGCCGAGUUGUGGACAAUGGCAAAGCACAGACGUGGUUUUGAAAACCUGUUUUGUACUGCAGUUCAUGAAAUAGGUCACAGCCUCGGUUUGAGACACACUAGGAAAAAGGGUGCAGUCAUGUGGCCAUGGGCUCAGUCUUGUAAAGAUGGCCCUCUUAGUCACGAUGACAUCAGUGGAAUACAGGCCUUAUAUGGGCCGCCUAAACGCUAUUCAGUGCCAACUACAUUUGAUAGGAGACCUUUUCGACCAUCGACUCAACUGAGAGUCGAACCGACGUCUGUUCUGUCGACCUACGACGACAGUGCGACCGAUACCAUCCCUGCUGUACAUCCAAGAGACGUCCCCACGACUCCACCAACAGAACAGACGACAGUGUCUUCAGACCAGGCAGAUCCUUGUGAUGGAAUAAUUGAUGCCAUCACAGUGGCCGCUGAUGGAAAUACUUAUGGUUUUAGAGGCAAGCAUUUGUGGGAAAAGGGGCGGGCGUAG